AAAGACUACUGAACUUGUCAACUCCGCAAAACAGAUUAUUCUAUUAUUUCGGUGAAAACUCCACAUAUAACAAUCCAAACAUGUUUCGUUCAUCAACAUUUGAGAAAACCCUAGAAGUUGCAACGAGCCACCUCCUUUUGGAACCCGACUGGCCGUCGAUUCUACUGAUAUGCGACACAAUACGGCAGACCGAUGUUACGGCGAAGCAGGCGUUCCAAGCGAUAAAGAAGAAAAUGCAGUCACCAAAUCCUCAUACGGCAUACUAUGCUCUCCUGGUUCUCGAGAGCGUUGUGAAGAACUGCGGAGCUCCCAUCCACGACGAAAUUGCGACCAAGGAGAACUGCGAAAUGUUUAGUUCGUUCAUUGAGACAACCUCCCAUGAAAACUGUCGAGCUAAAAUGCUGGAGCUGAUUCAGACCUAGGUUUACGCGUUUCGUCAAUCCGACAAAUAUCAGGCUGUGAAGGAUACGAUGACCAUCCUAAAGGCUAAGGGGCACUCGUUCCCCGAACUGAAGGAAGCUGAUGCUAUGUUCGCCGCAGAUAGUGCUCCUGAAUGGGUGAAUGGGAAAGUAUGUCAUCGAUACCGGGUCGAAUUCUCUUUUACCGUUCGCAAACAUCAUUGCCGUAAUUGUGGACAAAUAUUUUCUGGACAGUGUUCGUCUAAACAACGCCCACUUCCGAAAUUCGGUUACGAGAGAGAUGUUCGAAUCUGGGAAGGAUGCUACACUCAACUUCAAAAGCCAUCGGCAACGAAAUCCCGUAGUAGCAGCGGUGAAAGUGAUUUGCCCGCUGAAUAUUUAAACAGUUCGCUGGCUCAGCAAUCGCAGACUCCACCGCGAAAAUCAGACCAAGAACUGAAGGAAGAGGAGGAAUUACAACUUGCCUUGGCUCUCAGUCAAUCGGAGGCUGAGCAAAAAACCAAAACGACAC